CUCGGGCGGACUCGCUGCGCGGGGCCAGGAGAUGGCCUCCGCUGGGCGCCCUCCGCUUAAGAUCCUCCUGGUGGGCAGUGCCGGGGUCGGCAAGUCCUCUCUGAUGAAUCGGUUCGUCCACAACCGCUUCUGCAGCCGGUACCGGGCCACCAUUGGUGCAGACUUCUUCACCAAAGUGACGGAGCUGGAAGGCCAGAGGGUCACUGUGCAACUCUGGGACACGGCAGGUGCAGAGAGGUGCCAGUCUCUGGGGAUGGCACUGUACCAGGGCUCACACUGCUGCGUGCUAGUUUUCGAUGUCACCGUAGCUGCCUCCUUUCAGGCCGUGGCUGCUCGGCAGGCCGAGCCUCCCAACCCCAAGCUGUUUCCCUUUGUUCUGCUUGGGAAUAAGACCGACCUCCCUGGCCGGCAGGUCUCUGCCCAGGAGGCUGAGGAGUGGUGUGCCCAGACUCAAGCCCAGUAUUUUGAGACAAGUGCCAAAGACGGUACCGGUGUGGCCCUGGCCUUCCAGAGUGCGUUGCAGGCCGCCUUGAGGCAGCAGGAGCGCUGGGACCCAGAGAACCCCAGCGGUGUGGUGCUGCUCCCCGGUGGCCCACCCAGCACACAGAGCUGCGCAUGCUGAACCUGGGCCUCGUCCUUGACUACCUUGUCCGCAGUUCUCUGUCCUCUUGGCUGGUCAGCACCGAGGACUCACCAGUUCCCCCAGUCCAAGCUGCACCAUCCGAUAGCCGGACGUGGACAGUUCCGUGGCAGGGCUGUGACAGGGCUGGCUGGUGGGGCUGGUGGGGCUUUCUCGGGGGCUCUGGGCCAGAGGCCCGUGCAUUCCACUCGGCUACCGGGGGUAACCCCGCUGCUUCCCUCCUGUGAAAAU